UUUACUAGUGAGUAGCAGAGACUAGAGAGGGUUGCCACCAACCCCAAACCAAACAAACUCAACCAUCUUCCCAAUUAAAAUCCUCUCUUCCUUUUUAAACCCAAACCCUCCAACUCUAUCUUUCACUGCAAUUUACCCCGCCUCGACAAUGGCGUCUGCAAGGCCAAAUCAGCUACCUUUCUUUCCUUUCGCCAUCUUCCUCUUCCUCUUCCUCUCUCUCUUCCCUUUCACUCUCUCCUCCUCCUCCUCCUCCUCCUCCGCUUCACUCGAUGUUUCCACUUCUCUGAAACAAGCCCACCAAGUCCUUAAAUUCGGCCCUAAGAUUUUGACCUCUUUCCACCAGCAGGAACUGCUUGUUCCGGCGAACUCUUCUUCCUCCUCCUUCUCUCUGCAGCUGCACCCUCGUGAUGCUCUUCGCAAUGCCGGACAUACGGACUACAGGAGCUUGGUCCUCUCCCGGCUUGACCGUGACUCGUCUAGAGUUAAAUCGCUUAAUGAUAGGCUUGAAUUUGGCUCAACUGACUUGACUAGGUCGGAUCUUCAGCCGUUGAACACGGACAUUCUGCCGGAGGAUCUGAGCACUCCCAUUGUCUCUGGCUCCAGUCAGGGGAGUGGCGAGUACUUCUCCCGCGUUGGCGUUGGUCAACCGGCCAAGCCAUUCUAUAUGGUUCUGGAUACUGGCAGUGAUAUCAAUUGGCUUCAAUGUCAGCCUUGUACGGAUUGUUACCAGCAAACCGACCCCAUUUUUGACCCUACCACUUCGUCUUCUUUUACUUCCCUUCCCUGCGAAUCUCCGCACUGUCAAGCUCUUGAGAUGUCUGGUUGUCGUGCUGCGAAGUGUCUUUACCAGGUCUCGUACGGCGAUGGUUCCUUCACCGUCGGCCAGUUCGUCACUGAAACGCUGUCGUUUGGUAACUCCGGAGUGAUUAACAACGUCGCUCUCGGUUGUGGCCACGACAACGAAGGACUGUUCAUCGGAUCCGCCGGAUUGCUUGGUUUGGGCGGCGGAUCACUUUCCCUAAAUUCUCAGAUGAAAGCUUCGUCGUUUUCGUACUGUCUUGUCGACCGCGACUCUGGUUCAGCAUCAACUCUCGAGUUCAAUUCCGCUGCACCGAAUGACUCGGUGAAUGCUCAAUUACUCAGAAGCGGAAGAGUCAAUACAUUCUACUACGUUGCACUCACCGGCUUGAGCGUCGGCGGCCAUCCACUCUCUAUUCCGCCUUCUCUGUUUCAAUUGGACGAUUCCGGCCACGGCGGCAUCAUCGUAGAUUCAGGAACCGCCAUAACUAGACUGCAAACUCAGGCCUACAACUCCCUUCGCGACGCCUUCGUGAGGCUCACACCGUACUUGAAGAAGGCGAACAGCUUCGCAUUAUUCGACACAUGUUACGAUCUGUCGUCGCAAUCGAGAGUGACGAUUCCAACAGUAUCUUUCCAUUUCUCGGGCGGAAAGUCGCUGCAGCUGCCGCCGAAGAACUACCUCAUUCCGGUGGAUUCAGCCGGAACUUUCUGUUUUGCGUUCGCCCCAACGACGUCGUCUCUGUCCAUCAUAGGGAACGUUCAGCAGCAAGGGACACGUGUCAACUUCGACUUGGCUAAUUCGGUGGUAGCAUUUUCACCCAAUAAAUGUUAGAAGGGAAAUUAUAAAUUAUAAAUUAGGGUUUUUUUAAUUGCCA